UUGGUCACACUCAUCAUUUGCAUCUAUGGGUGAUUAUUAUUGUUGUAUUUUCCUAUUGGAAGUUUCAAUUUUUACAUAGUAUGAAUUUUUUUUUUUAAUUAGUUUUUGGUGUAUGAACUUAUUUCUAUAGAAGUUAGGUGUUUGGGUCUUCUCUUUAUAUAAUAUUUGUUGGGAUUUUUCAUUCUUUUCUUUUAUCUUCAUCCUUUUUAAUUAAGUUGGAAAGUUUUUGAGAUUUUUUUAUUUUAUUUUUUUGAAAUUUUUUUUUUUCUUAGGUUGAUUUGAAAGCCAUGGUGAAGGACAGCGAGUAUUAUAACAUCUUGGGUGUGAGUUAUAAUGCAUCUUCCACUGAGAUUAAAAAGGCUUACUAUCUCAAGGCAAGGUUGGUGCACCCAGAUAAAAAUCCUGGAGAUCCAAAGGCAGCUGACAAUUUUCAGGUACUUGGGGAAGCUUAUCAAGUUCUAAGUGAUCCCGCGAAGCGUGAAGCAUAUGACCAGGAUGGAAAGGCAGGUGUAUCGGAGGAUUCCAUGGUGGAUCCAGCAUCAGUAUUUGGAAUGCUCUUCGGGAGUGAGCUUUUCGAAGACUACAUUGGGCAGCUUGGCUUGGCUUCUAUGGCAUCUGUGGAAGCCGAGGAAGAAUCGCAGUAUGCAGAUGUGCGGAAACAGAAAGUUCAAGAGAAAUUGAAGGAGAUACAGAAGCAAAGGGAAGCAAAGCUUAUAGAAAAUCUGAAAAACCAUCUUCAGCCUUUCGUUGAAGGGCGAAAUGAAGAAUUUGUAAAAUGGGCAAAUGGAGAAGCACGCCGUCUGUCACAAGCCGCUUUUGGGGAGGCAAUGCUACACACCAUCGGUUAUAUUUACACAAGAAAAGCGGCAAAAGAGCUAGGGAAGAACAAGAAGUUCAUGGGCAUGCCAUUCUUGGCAGAGUGGGUGCGAGACAAAGGCCAUUACAUGAAAUCGCAAGUAACGGCAGCUUCAGGUGCUGUGCAUUUGAUUCAAAUUCAAGAAGGAAUGAGAAAGCUGGAACAAGGGGAAAAUGUAGCAGAGAUGUUAUCCAAGCACAUUGAAGAUAAGAAAGAUGCCAUGGUUAACUCUCUUUGGAAGAUCAACGUUGUAGAUAUUGAGAUGACACUUUCACGUGUCUCACAUGCAGUGAUAAAGGACGCUAGUGCUCCAAAGGAAGUGCUGAAGUUACGAACCAAAGGAUUAAGAAAGCUAGGAACGAUUUUCCAAGGCGUCAAAGAUCUUUACAGGAGAGAAAACAGCCUGCGCUGCGAGAUUGGUGCAAUGGCAAUUGCCACGUCAUCGUAAACGGCAUCCUCGUAAUUUUGGUAAGUAUAUAUCUCUUGCAUCCAUCUUGUAUGAUUCUAACAAAAAAUGUACUACAUUCAGUUCAUGUAUCAGGUGGGAUCCUCACAUGUAAAUCA